AUGGAUAAUCUCACCUACAAUGACUGCAAUCGCGCCUUCCUGCAGGCCUUCAUGGCCCGCUCGUCAAUGACCUUUGAUGAAGCGCAGCCAGUUCUGGCUGCCAUAAUUUCAGCGCAUGAAGGCUGCACUGUCGAUACUGAGGAUAUCACCCAAGAACUUUUCUCUUCCUACAUCUCCUCCGCCAACACCGCCAUCUCUCCCUUCAACUUCGAAAUCAGAAGCUCGCUCCGCCAACUCGCAAGAGAUCCUCAUCAAGAGACCACCGAGGGUCCGCCCGAACGAGUCUACGCUCUCGUCAACGUCCACGUCGACGCGUUGACCCAACUUGCAAGCACCUAUACCCCCAACGAGAUCGCCUUCGUCAAGCGCGUCCUCGAUUUCAUGUUCGACACAAAUAACACAAAGAUCAUUGAAGGAAUGGUUAUCACGCCUAUCCAAGCUACCCAAUUAGCCAAGGUUUCCUCAGCAGACGCCAACCGCCGGCGGUCGACAAAUGCUGAAUCGCAACAGAACCAAGGCGGAGCAGCACAAUCCUUGACAAUGACACAGGCUGAGACAAUGAUGCAGAAUCUCCUUGUAGAAGGCUGGUUGGAGAAAAGCCCAAAAAACUAUUUCAGCUUGACACCCCGUGCACUCAUGGAACUGCGAAGCUGGCUGAGCGAUACAUACAACUACGUGAAGGAGAGUGGGCGCAAAGUGGAGCGUAUCAAGUUUUGUGCUGCUUGCAGGGAUAUUGUCACAGCGGGCCAAAGGUGUGGUGAUCGUGAUUGCCCUGGUCGACUUCACGAUCAUUGCAUGCGGAACUUCUUCCGUGUACAACAGGCUGAGAAAUGCCCAGUGUGCAAAGAGGAAUGGCCUGGAGAUAAGUUUGUGGGCGAAAGAGCCGUUAUCUCGGCGAACCGAAGACAGUCCAACAAUGUUCCACGUGCUAGCCAAAUGCAUUCGAAUGCGCCAAAUGGCCACCGUGAGAUUUCUGAUGAGGAAAGCGAGGAGGAUGAGGGGUGA